AUGUGUACAUAGUAUUUGUUAGUUACCACGUAAACUUCAAACUUUGAUUAUUUGGCUCUCCCCAGCAUGAUGAAUGCCGAUGCACUGGACGCGACACAGGCUUUGGCUCUCUCCGAUGUCGACGAAGUGCUUGACCAGGACACGCCACUAGAAUCGGAGAAGUCGCAAGUUGGAAACUUGAUUGUUCAUAAACACAAAUCUGGCUUUGAGGCAACAGUUAUACCCAUAUAUGAAGGCAAAAACGUCAUAGGUCGUACUGCAGAAAAAUGCGAUGUGCACAUUCCGGUAAAGCCACUGUCGAAACAACAUGCAUGCAUCGAGAUUCAUGGCAGCUCCUGUGUGCUGUAUGACAUGGGCAGCCGAAACCGCACCAAGCGCCGCGAUUUGUCGCUAGAGCCAUGGGUACGCUAUGAGCUGCAACAUAAUGACGGUUUGACCUUUGCCGAUGUCACAUCUCAAUUCCAGCUGCUAAGCAAGGAGAGGAUUCCAUCUGGUAGCGAGUCAGAAACGGACUCAGAGUCUAUGUUCAACAUGCAACCACCAGGUGGCACCUCUGUUGCUUCUAAAGAACUCCAAGCAUUAGAUUCACAAGUCUAUCUCCAGCCAACACAGGCAUAUGCGUCUGAUGGCACGGGGCCAAUAUCUGGUUCAGCAGGAAGCAGCAUUGAGCAGAGAACAAGCGUAGAUAAAGACGGGGCGACCUUUGUAGCGGACACGCCUUAUCGGCAACCAGGGAAUGUAGUCGUGCUGUCUGAUAGUGAUCCACGCUCUAACCUUCUCGCAAAACAGCUACACGAUGUAUUCGAGCAACCGACGCAGGCGUUUCCCAGCAUGGUGGAGGAUUCGGAUGUGGAGGCUGAGGAAAACGAUCUGUCGAUACUUGAUGCUCCCACGAAGCUGUGUAUCGGCGGCGACAGUGAGACCGACCACUCGCUGCUAUUUGCCGCUGAAACGCAGCGGCCGUGCGCGGAGAGUGCGAACGACGACGACAACGCGCGAGUUGCCGAUUCUGAUGAAGCCAGCAACGAGGAAGCAUCGCCGCAGCUUCCCACCGCGCUGCGUGCGGAGAGCCCUCGCGAGCAAGUCGGCAAGGAGGCAUCACGUUUCCACGGCAACCGGCGCGAAGAUCAGCAGAACAGUGAGAGGACCAGCGAAGGUAACGAUGACGCGGAGAACGUGGCGCCCACAGAUCACGGCGACGCCAUUGUCCCUCAUGCGGAGAAUAUCGGGACGCAGCUGGAGGAAGAAGGAGCUGAGAGUGGCGGAGGCGAGGGCACAGCGGAGAGAGGAGAGGUCGCGGAGAACGAAGGAGGGGUGGACGUGGACGUGACGCUCGUGCCGGGAGAGACGGAUGCCAACACAGCUGCGGCUUCGACGGAGAGCGUGAGUCGUAAACAAGAUCAGGAGGAAUACAAGGAUGGAAAGAGGAGCGCUGAUGAAACGAUCACCGCUGAGGGAAACGAAGGGAAGCCGAUGGAUUCAAUGGGAGAGAAGGGACCAGGAAAUGACGUUGCAGCUGUUGUGCAGAUGCAAGCGGCUAGGGGAGAGAGAGGCGAGCGUGAAAUUGUCGGCGCCCACGACGUGCAAACUAGCGAAAGCCGUGCUGACGGUGGUGACACCUGUAGGCAGCAGCCGCAAGCUGGUCUUGUUGCGACAAGUGGAGUGGUUACCUCUGCGGAUAUUAGUGUUGAGAUGCAGCAUGCUCCUGUAAGCUUCCCCGAUACAACUGGACUCGAAGCUACUUGUGCAGAGAAUGUUGGUGAUGGGGAUGCCAUCCCUGAGGCAGAUAACCCCGCCCAUGAUUUUGUUAUAGCUGAGACUCAGGAUUUUGGCAAUGGAGUCCUUGUAGUUGAGACUCAGGAUUUUGGCAAUGGAGACCUUGUAGUUGAGACUCAGGAUUUUGGCAAUGGAGACCUUGUAGUUGAGACUCAGGAUUUUGGCAAUGGAGACCUUGUAGUUGAGACUCAGGAUUUUGGCAAUGGACACGUUGUAGUUGAGACUCAAGAUUUUGGCAAUGGAGACCUUGUAGUUGAGACUCAGAUGUUCAAAGAAGAUGCAGAUAAUAUCACGAAAGCAAACGCCACCCAAGAGGGCAGCACUGUAGAAGCAACUGCAGAGGUAGAAGACAAGCAAUCAUCGAUCGCCGAGACUGGUGCAACGAGUGCUGACGUUGUGACUGAGACUGGCGCUGCGACUGAUAGCAUCGUGGUUGAGAAGGGUGCUGCGACUGCUGGCACCGUGGUUGAGAAGGGCGCUGCGACUGCUGGCACCAUGGUUGAGACAGGCGCUGCGACUGCUGGCACCGUGGUUGAGACAGACGCUGCGACUGCUGGCACCCUGGUUGAGACAGACGCUGCGACUGAUAGCACCGUGGUUGAGACAGGCGCUGCGACCGCUGGCACCGUGGUUGAGACGGGCGCCUCGACCGCUGGCACCAUGGUUGAGACGGGCGCCGCGACUGCUGACACUAUGUGCGAUGACAGCAGUGAUGAUGAUGACGUCUCCAUGCUUCCUCCUCUGGCGAACAUCAUCGGUAACAGGAGAGGUCCCGUGGAAUCUGCCAGGCGGGAUGAUGUCAAACAGGAAGCGCCCAGAAGACAAAACGAGGAGAAACGGGAAGGGGAACUUCCAGCCGACCGGGAGGAGGAGGAGGAGCAGGAAGAGGAGGAUGAGGGUCAUGAUCUAGCAACACAGGCUUACAGCACAGAAAAUGAUAGCGAUGAGACAGACGAGGAAAGGGUUGCAGAUGAUUCUAGCCUCCCUAAACGACAGGAGCUUGACGUGACUAAGGAGACUUUUGCUGUUCCUCGUGAGCCUGUCUCCAUUGAGACACAGGCGUACGGUGCUGCUACCGGUGACACUGAGACACAAGCGUACGGGGCUGCCACCGGUGACACUGAGACACAAGCGUAUGGUGCUGCCACCGGUGACACUGAGACACAAGCAUACGGAUUUGACACCGAGGUGGUGGAGGACAGUUGUCAUGACAAGAGCUCAUCCGACGAGACGCUGGUGAUGUUGGCUCUCCCGGGGCUUCACACAAUCACCAGAAUGCGCGCAGCGAUCUGCCCACCAGGGGACGCCACCAGUCGCGUUGGCACUUUUGCCAGCAGGGAAGCCAUCGCCGCUAACGACGGGCAGACGCGACAAAGCGAUCGAGCGGGCGUGGGAGAGGAACUCCGCGAUGACUCGGGGAAGAAGGGUGAGGGAAGGCUCCUCCGUCACGCAGCGGAGGAGGUUAGCCAGGAAGUGGCGGUGAGGAAGUCGACUCGAACGCGGCGUGAGACGGUGGCUGCGAAGGCAUGGCGCGCAUCGACCCCCAAGCCGGCCGGUCGAGGGCGGCGCGCCGCUGUGCCAAGCCUCACAUCGGAUGUCAGCAACAUGGAAGAGCAGCCCAACGCUGGGGAGGAACUGAGUAGGGAAGUUGGCGUAGUGACGGAGACCAAGGACAACCGUGAGGUAGUGGUGCUGGAAAGGGCUGACCCAAAGAUCGAGCAAAAGAAAGAAGAGCAUGUGGAAGAACCUCAACAACAGACGGAAGUGAGUGACCAACCAGACAGGAGCUCACAGGGAGGAACCACCGACAAAUGGGAAGAGGAUGGCACACAUAUCGCGAGUACGAGGGGGAGGGAGGCAACAGAGAGCAAAGCAGGGGACGUCGCGGGGAAGGUCAGAGAAGGAGAGGCAUCAGAGAGUCGGGAGCACAUUCCUAAAAGGAAGACAAGGGGAAGGAAGGCUGCAGAGAGCCAAGAGGAGGAGGGUGAGAAAAUUGAUAUUAGUUCAUCAAGCAGCCAAGAGAGCUUAUUACAUACAGUGAAAGCAGUAAAGGCAUUGCAUAAUCAGGAUGAGACUCCAGCAAGGACAAGACAAGGGAGGAAAGUGUCAGAGACCAGAGACGAGGCCCCAGCACGGAGAACAAGAAGGAGCAGUGUUGCAGAGAAUCAAGAAGUGGUUCCAGCACAGAGAACAAGAUGGAGCAAUGUUGCAGAGAGUCAAGAAGAGGUCCCAGCACGGAGAACAAGACGUAGCAAUGUUGCAGAGAGUCAAGAAGAGGUCCCAGCGCGGAUGAAAAGAGGAAGGAAGACUUCAGAGAGUCGGGAAGAGGUCCCAACAAAGAGGGUGAAAGGUGAAAAGGUUACAGAGAGACAGGAAGAAGUCCCUGCUAGGGACAGAAGAGGAAGAAAAGCUGUGGCGAAUCAAGAGGAAGGGUUACCCAUCACCGUGGAAGAAUCGGAGACAGCACAGGGUGAGGAGCCGAUCCCUGCUAAGAGGACCAGAGGACGUAAAGUUUCCGAAAGCAACGAGGAAAGUUCCCCAUCAGUAACGGACAUGGCAGGUAUUCAGAUGGAGGGGUCAACGAGGAGGAAGCGAGGGAGGAAGACUGCAGAUAGUCAGCUGGAAGGCCCAACAAGAGCGACGCGAGGUAGGCAAGCUUCCGAGAGUCUGGACGAGGGUUCGCCUAUUUGCGUGAAAGAAACGCAUGAAUUAGCUGCUCAGGAGGAAUCACAAGUAAGAACGACGCGAGGAAGAGAGGCUCAGGAGGAAUCGCAAGUAAGAACGAUGCGAGGUAGCGAGGCUACGGUGAAAACCCCCGAGGUAGGGUCCCCGAAAAAGGCGACGUUCGAGCAGGCUUCCGAUAGUGACGACAAACCUCGGCCAAGCAGAACGAGAGGUGGUGGUAAACAUACGUCUGCGGCGGUGUCGCUGCGCGCGAGGAGAGGAAGACGGAAUUCCGAGACGCCACGGGAGCACAACACGAGCGAGGCGCGCGAAGUAAACUCGCUGGCAGUCGAGACGAGCGAGGCGGAGAGUCAGGAGAGUGGGUCGGAGCGUGCGAGCAGAGGAAGGAGGACGCUAGAGAGCAGGGAGGCGAUCACAGGCAGACCAACGAGCGAGGCGGAGAGUCAGGAGUCGUCACGUGCGAGCAGAGGAAGGAGGACGCUAGAGAGCAGGGAGGCGAUUGCAGGCAGACCAACGAGCGAGGCUGAGAGUCAGGAGAGCGGGUCGUCACAUGCGAGCAGAGGAAGGAGGACGCUAGAGAGCAGGGAGGUGAUCGCAGGCAGACCAACGAGCGAGGCGGAGAGUCAGGAGUCGUCACGUGCGAGCAGAGGAAGUAGGACUCUAGAGACCAGGGAGGUCAUCGCAGGCAGACCAACGAGCGAGGCGGAGAGUCAGGAGAGCGGGUCGGCGCGUGCGAGCAGAGGAAGGAGGACUCUAGAGAGCAGGGAGGCGAUCGCAGGCAGACCAACGAGCGAGGCGGAGAGUCAGGAGAGCGGGUCGGAGCGUGCGAGCAGAGGAAGGAGGACUCUAGAGAGCAGGGAGGUCAUCGCAGGCAGACCAACGAGCGGGGGAAGAAACGCGUCUGUUAUUAAGGAGGAGGAGAGUCAGUCUAGCGAAGCCCGUUUGAGUGAAGCCACUGACAGCCAGGCUAGUGUGCUCUCACGCGUGACCAGAGGCAGGAAGACUACCGCUAGCCAACCAGACGUCCCAUUCGGCAAACCGAGGGGAAGAAAAGCAGCCAGCACCCUGAAGGCAGUUCAGCUAGGACGUAUCCAGGCGGAGGCGUCCGGAGCAAUCGAAGCGAGCGUCGCACAGGCGGGUGCGUCCCACGGGGACUUGGAGCAGCCCGAGGGUAGGGGGCGCAAGCGUACCAUAGCCGCGCGAGUCGACGACGCAGCAACGGCUGGCGGCGCUAAGCGACAACGGCGGCUCACCGACGCCACGCAGCAUCCUGCGCAGGAGGAGGUUGAGGGGAAGCCGGGCCGGGAGACCGAUCCCGGUACGACCACGGAAACCCUCAGCUCUUCUAGGAGGAAUCGUUCGCCUGCGAGGCGAGGCCGUGCUGCCGCUCCCAGCCGGGCGGACGAGAGCACCAUGUUGCGCGAGGGCGCCAUUCCCGCGCCAUCGGGAGGAGCAGCCACGACUCGCCGAGCGUCGGGGAAAGCCGAGAACCCUGCUGAGCUCGAGGAUGCAGGCAGCUCCUCGCAGGAAUCCAGGAAGAGAGGAAAACCAACGAAGAGUCAGUUUGAAUCUGAGCAGCUGCAGCAGCAAGACAGUGCAAGCAGAGUGGAAGAAGAAGGAGAACGAGAGACAGAGCAGAGCAGUCAUGGCAGUACAACUGCUGGACAGGAGGUGAAGCGCAGCUCUCGGCGGUCAACUCGUGCGGAUAGACUGUCACUAGACAGCCCAUCUGCUAGGCGGGGCAAUGCGUCGUCGCCAUCGCUGCGCCGGUCUACGCUGCAUCAGGAGAAGCCCCGAGUGCUGUUCACCGGAAUCGUCGUUGCGAGACUUGAGAAGGUUGUGAAGCAUCUAGGAGGGGAGGUUGUUGAUACCAUCAAUGACUGCACACACCUCGUCACCGACAAAGUGAGACGCACAUCAAAGUUCCUCUGCCAAGCUGCCAGAGGGCGUCCGAUCGUGAACCGCAAGUGGUUAGAGAACAGCAACAGUGCUGGCAUGUUUCUUGACCACACCCCUCACCUUGUGAAGGAUUCCCAGGCAGAGAAGAAGUUCAAGUUUAACUUGGCUAGAACGCUCUCAGCGGCAGCAGACAGGGGCCUGUUUACUGGCUAUAACAUUCACGUGACCCCUGGUGUCGUACCGACGCCCGACCAAAUGGGCGAGAUUAUAGAGUGUGCCGGUGGCAUAUACCUACAUGAUAUGCCCAGGACUGGCCAUGAGAAGACUCUGGUAGUAUCCUGUGAGGAUGACAGAGGGCACUGCGAGACUGCACUAAAUAACGACAUUCCCGUUGUUGGAGCAGAGUUCAUCUUAUCGGGAAUUCUCCAGUAUGAAGUCGACAUCACGAGCUUUUCGUUGUUCAAUGAAGCAUCUACCAGAGAGAAACUCCCCAGAGGCAGGGUUUCCCAGGCUCGUAGCAAGAGCAGAAAGUAAGGUCGCUGUGGAGGCCACAAGGUCAUGGAGGUCAACUGGCAGUUUUUAUUCUGUAGAAUGCUGACAUGAAACCUUCGGUGUGCAUGAACUUAUUUUAUGUAAGAGUAUAUUUUAGGGUCUUUUCGAUAAACCAGUGUUGAUGGGUUCAUUGGAUGCUGCACAAGGCCGCCAGCCAAGAUGCUGUUGGAGCCGAAGAUCACGUGUGAUUUUCAUCUCUCCUUGAGUUAGGUGCACGUCUACAGGGUAUCUGCACUAGAUGAGAGGAUGGCUUCCCGGUGUUGACAUCGGAAAUUUACCUGUCUUGCCAUUUCAUUUAUGAAAAUGACAUUUUUUAUGACAUAUACACUUGUUUGUUUACUUAUAUAUAGCUUAGUCAAGUGCUAUGUUUAAUUACAUUUAGUAAGCGUACAGCACUUGGCAAGCGUGAGCAUUAUGUUACCGACAUCUCUCUGUCCAACGUCAUAAUCUAACAAAUUAGUCACAAUGCACUGUUCGGCGGCAGGCCAGUGUUAGUGAUAGAGAGUCAGCUGAGGUAGCUUACUCCGCACUCUUUCCUUAUAGUUAACAAGCAACAGCAGUUGUGGUAAGCUGCAGAAGCAGGUGGACUAAAUAGAAUAAAAGCCAUGCAUUAUUCAUAAUCACGUAUAUUCCUUUAUUCGUAGACCUUCAAUUGUUUAGUGUCAGUGAAAUCGUGUCAAAUAUCAGAACGCUGUCAUAAGUAUUCAUAGUGUAGAUUAUAAUUUUAUACUAAGAGAGGACUUUAUUUUCCUUACGUUAGCUUGAAUUGGAAACCAUUAAUGGCACAUAAUGUGUAUAGUUGAAUGUUUAGUAACGAAGAAUGUAACAAGUCUUUUAGAAAGGAUAUUGUUUUCCUGUCAAUUCUCUGUACAAAUGUACAUCUGUAUAGGAAUGCAUCAUGCUGCUUUAGUUUUGCAUAAUCGGGUAACGUCAAUAAAAAUAUUGAUUGAUACCCAUUACGUGUAUAUUCCAAGAAAAUGGAAGUAAAAUUAGAUGAAAUAAAUUUUUCAGAAGA